AUGACCGAGGUUAUGAGCCGUGGAGCGUUCCUUUCGAACGAGAAGGACUACAAUCAUGCUACCGACAAGCAGUACGAGAUCCUAAGAAAGAAGGCCGACCGAGCUUUCCAGCAGAAACAGCACUUCUCGAGCGAGUCGCAGCGCGCGUACAAGCAGGGAAACGGAGCUGCCGCAAAGAAGUUCUCGGAACAGGCCCAGAAGUAUGCCCAGGAAGCCGAAAACUAUAACCGUCAGGCCGCAGAGUACGUGUUUAGGGAGAACAACUUGGACUCCGACUGCAACGACAUCGACCUGCACGGUUUGUAUGUGAGAGAAGCCCAGUAUAUCCUCAAACAGCGUAUCAUCAACGGUAUCAGCAGAAAUGAGCACCAUCUGGAGUGCAUUGUCGGCAAAGGGCUACACUCAAAAAAUGGCAUAGCCAAGCUGAAGCCUGCCGUCGAGCAGCUUUGCAACGAGGCCGGCCUGAAGAAUUACAUUAACCCAAAAAACACCGGUGUUUUGAUCAUUGAGCUGGCUGGCGCUCGGAUUCCAGCUUCCUGGAACGACGUCAAUCCGAACGGCAUUGGCGCCAUGAAUGAGCACCAAAACGUUCCAGAUGACGACCACGUCCAAUUGCAAGGAGGACAGCCGUACCAGCAGCCAUACCAGCAGCAACCGCAGUAUCAACAACAACCGCAGUACCAACAAUCGCACCAGCAGCAAAAUGCUCACCAACAGUCUAUGUUUGAGCAGCUCAACACCCCGCAGAACCAAAAAAUCGCUGCGCAAAUCUUCAAAGCUAUAUGUGCUUGUAUUAAAUAA